AUGUACGAAGGGAUUGACAACUUGAAAUCCCUUUACGACCGUGCCGGGAAGACUUUCUCCGGCGGUCCUUCUGCGGCACAGGAUGUGCCGCGUCGUACUGCUCAACCAGACCCAGUACGUCGAUCAUCAGUUGGGAGCGGGGCUCCCAAGAAUCCCAGGACGGGGGAUAGCCGCGCCACCGGACGAGAUAACUCGUCCGACGUCCGUUCACGUCGCGGUGGUUCAACAGCUGCUCAACUAGAUAGCGCUGGCCACCGCGAGAGUCCUCUAAUGGAAGUGGAGGAGGAGGAAAGACGCUCUCCACACGAUCAUGUGAAUCGGUGUGUUCCCGAGAGCUUCUUUGAUCGCGUAACGCAAGGGUUACGCGACGAUCUCGAACAUGAGCGGGACAGGCGUCUCCAAAUGGCGGACACUGUCUUGAAGCAUCGAGCUGAGUUUGACUUUUCUCAGCUUGAGAACGAGAGAUCUCUGACAUCUCUUCGUGACGAGCUAAGGGUAGCUCGUGGGAUUGUUGAUCGGUCUCGGGAUGAGAUAGCUGCUCUUCAGACCCUUGUUGAUGCCCACCAUCGGGAGUACAAGGCUCUCUGCGAGAUGCUUGAGCGCAAGGGCGUUCUUCAUCGGAAGAAGCAGCGUACUGAUGGUACGGCUUAA